GUUUGGCAUUACCGGGUGGGGAGUCCGUUGGUGGCCGCGUCUGAUUGGCUCGCGUUGACAGUGAUGCCGGCUCUCGAGCGAGCCAAGCGAGAGCAUUGGGUUGAAGGGCAGUGGUUCCGGGUCUUCGGUAGAGGAAACAACGGAGCGAGAGGACCCGAGGUCCUCUCACAUACAACGCACACAUUAUACAUACACGCAAGGCGAGAGGACCCGAGGUCCUCUCACAUGCGAUUUAUCAACAAGGCGAGAGGACCCAAGGUCCUCUCACAUACGAUAAACCAAUACAAGGCGAGAGGACCCAGGGGGUCCUCUCACAUACCCUUUCCAAUACGAAGGGGGAAGACCCGAGGUCCUCCCUCCUUCAGUUUGAUGAAGAAGCAAGGCUUCGAUAAAAUUGAAUAACGAAGUAACUUCGCACUGAAGAAGCUUCGACCAUACAGUUUGGUGUCAGAAGUGGGAUUCGAACCCACGCCCACAUAAGUGGACCAGAAUAGGUGCAAAUACAUAUAAUUAACAAAGAGAUGAGUCUGCGAACCACCUGAUCAUUUCCAGACUCGUCAUUCUCAUUUCGCUAUCGUAAAAAACGAUCAUAAUUCACGAAGGUACACAUGACUAAUUAUUCGAUGUAAUACGGCGUCUCUAUGAGUCAAAACGUUCGACAAAGUCGAGCACACAUUUAUGUUUAACGUACGCCUUGUGCAAAGAACAUAGCGCACGUAUUCCACGAUCAUUGUAUACAAACAGUAUAGACCACGCCCAGUCUCUUAAUCUUUGUCAGUGGACGCACGAGUUCACACACGUUUCGGCAAGAAUACGCGCUACAAGCGAGAACGCUUAGCGCUGACCGGGGAGAGGGAGUUGAGAUUCGACGUUCAACGCAUACGCAUCGUAUCUCGGCUCGAAGUAUCGAUACGUGUCAUUUUCGAACAUCUCGGAAGUCGUUGUUCAGUUCGAAGUUAGUCAAAAUGAAUAAUCGCGUAAAGUUUAUUAAUCAAAAGCGUGCGACUCUAAAGACGCAAAUUACAAAACUCGAGAGAAUCGUGGAGACCGGGGAAUUGGAUCCCUCAAACAUCAAGACGCGCGCAGAUCGUUUGAGGGAACAAUUUCGUACAUACGAAGAAUUACACGACGAACUCGCGUUAUUAAUCGAAACCGAAGGUGAUCAGAGCGACGAUUUCGACGAAUUACAGGACCGAUUUUAUGCAAUCAUUACAAAGAUCGAGGCAGAUUUCUCAUCAACAAUGCCUCAGCCUCCGAGUGCAUUAAACACGACCUCUCUGCCGAUCGACGGCACGCGUCGACUCAAAUUACCAGUCGCCGACCUCCCUAAAUUCGAUGGGAACAUUGAGAAAUGGUUAUCGUUCAAAAACACUUUUCUCACGAUGAUCGAUUCUCGCGAGGAUGUAACCAGGCUACAAAAAUUCCUAUAUCUAAGGAACUGUCUCGAGGGCGACGCGCUAAAUAAAAUCCUCAUUUAUAACGUGAGCGAGGAAAAUUACGAGACCGCAUGGAAGUUGCUGUUGGACUCGUACGACAAGAUUCGAAUUCUGAUCGUAAAACAUCUUGACGCAAUUCUCGAUUUGCCGGCAUUAACAAAGGCGACGCACCAGGGUCUAGCGCGACUCGUCGACGACAUGCGACAACACGUGAAUAUGCUCGCAUCGAUGAAGGUGACACCGGACGAGCAUUUAUUGGUCCGAAUAAUCGAACGCGCUUUGCCCAAUAAUAUUCGGGUGAAAUGGGAAGAAACACUCAAUCUCGACACCCCACCAACCCUCCAGCAAAUCUACAAAUUCGUCUCUGAAGCCGCCUUUCGUUUGUGUGCACUCGAGCAGAAUACAUCGCGGUCGAAUCAAGAAACGAAUAUUAAACGACCACUCUCGAAUAACAAAGAUCAAAGUGGAUUUAAGACUCGACGAGGGGAAAACGGCGUACGCACACUUGCUACCGGUGCGUCCGCAAAAUGCAUAGUAUGCAAGAAGGAAAAUCAUCCAGUAUAUCAGUGCCGCGCAUUUCAAAAAAUGACGGUCCAGCAACGGUGGGAUUUCGUCAAAAAUUCAACUCUAUGUAAAAACUGUUUGCGUUUACAUGGCGGCAAAUGUAAAGCGACGCACUGCAGAAGUUGCCCGAGAUUUCAUCAUACGAUGUUGCACCAAGAUUCUCCUGCUGCACUUACUCACACGAGUCAAAAGGCGGAAGAAUCAUCAAACACUAUCAACGAUUCGACAACAAAGACAACCGACUGUCUUCGUGGCGACUGAUCUCUGAAACCCGACAGGAGUUAUGGCGCAGAUGGCAACUCGAAUACCUCAGCGAAUUACAGAGACGACAAAAAUGGAUAAAUCCAACCAAAAACAUCGCGUUGGACACUGUAGUCCUACUUAUAGACAAAAAUCCACCAUGUAUGCAAUGGCGAAUGGGUCGAGUGGUAAAAUUGCAUCCAGGAGAUGAUGGGGUGGUCCGAGUCGUCACAGUUCAAACACCUCAAGGAAUCUACAAGCGCAAUAUGAAAUCGAUUUGCGUAUUACCCGAAAACGCUUGAAAUUAUCGACGACAAUUCCAUGAUAACCAUAUUGAGAAUUUUCUCAUUUAACCCUUCUUUUUGUAUGUCGUAUUUGAUUUCUCAAUUUAUAUUCGUUUAAGACGUAGUUCAAUGUAAGAUGCAGAAUGUAAGCUAACAAUAUUGUUUUCUAUUACACACGAUUAUUAGUUGAAUCCAAAGUAACAAUUUGUAACCACAUCCAGUACAAUAAACGCAAUUAACAUGUGA